AUGAUCCCGAAGGGUUCCCCUUUCACUCCAGGGAUCCUUGAGGAACCUCUCCCAAGGAUGAAACUCCCUAACCACAUCAAGUACGACGGCUCCACAGAUCCAGACGAUCACAUAGCUGCGUACGAAGGACAUAUGUACCUGUACACUGCAUCUUCGGGAGUAUGGUGCAAGUGCUUCCUAGCUACGCUAAGCGGUUUUGCCCAAACCAGGUUCAAAAACUUAAAAGCCGGGUCCAUCCGCAACUUCAGGCAGUUGUCGAAACAAUUAUGUGAGCACUUCGUCAGCAACAAGCGUGGAGAGAAGACAUCAGCCGAACUAUGGAACGUGAAGCAGCGUAGGGACGAAAGCCUAAGAGACUAUCUUGGGAGAGUCAACCGAGAAGCUCUGAUGAUACCCAAUAUUAAGCCGGACGUCGCCAUACUGGCUCUUACCCAUGGCCUACGUAAAAGCAGGUAUAGAGAUUACCUAGGAAAGAAGAAUGUCUCCAAUCUAGGAGCUGCUCUUGAAAAGGCAGACGAAUACAUCAGGAUUGAGGAACUUAAUAGGACACUGGCCGUAUCCGACCAUGAUGAUUACGUCCAUCCACAGAUGGCAGACUCCAUGAAGGACGACAAAAGGGAGAAGGGUAGUCAAAGAAGAAAGGACAACCGAGAAGACUAUGAGAACGACGAACGGAAAGAUAAAAAGAAAAACAAGUAUGACAGUUACACACCUUUGCUCGUCCCUCGAUCACAUAUAUUUUCCAUGAACAAAACUGAUGACAAAUGGCAACGCCCUGGGAAGAUGCACUUCAAGAAUCAGAUCAAUCUAAAUGGUGCGACUUUCAUGAUGACUACGGCCACAUGA